GAAGGGUAGGCACCAGCUGUUCUGUUUUGUCACAUACACAGAAGACCUGCGUGUUGAUAUACAGCUGGCCAUAAUCACACUAUGUCCUGUACGGAGAUCCAAACCUCGGGAGAGAAUCAUUGUAAAAAGGGCUGUAAUACAGAGAUACAUGGAUUACAGAGCAUUGCAACCCUUGUGCGCUCAGUGGAGGAGACCCCAAAGCCCAUCUCCACACAAGUGAAGGGGACCAUCCCUACCUGGAUUCGUGGGAACCUGCUCCGCAAUGGACCAGGGAAAUUUGAGUUUGGCAAUGAACAUUAUAACCACUGGUUUGAUGGGAUGGCUCUGCUGCACCAGUUCAGGAUUGAGGACGGCCAGGUGACAUACAAGAGCCGUUUCUUACGCAGCGAUUCAUACCAACAGAACAGCGAGCGCGACCGCAUCAUGGUCUCUGAGUUUGGCACCGUGGCUAUGCCCGACCCCUGCAAGAACGUCUUCCUGCGCUUUCUUUCCCGCUUUGAAAUGAUUAAACCAACUGACAAUGCGAGUGUGAGCUUCGUCAAAUACAAAGGUGACUACUAUGUCAGCACCGAGACUAACUUCAUGCACAAGGUGGAUCCAGGAACGUUGGAAAGUGUUGAGAAGGUGGACUGGAGCAAAUACAUUGCUGUGAAUGGAGCAACAGCACAUCCGCACAAUGAUCCUGACGGCACCACCUACAACAUGGGCAACUCAUAUGGAGCGAAAGGCGUUUUCUACAACAUUAUUUGUGUUCCUCCUAAGCAGGAGACAGAUGAUGACAGUCUCCAGGGGUCAAAGGUUCUGUGCUCCAUCGCUCCUGCUGACAAGGGCCGGCCAUCCUACUACCACAGUUUUGGAAUGUCAGCAAACUAUGUGGUGUUCAUUGAACAGCCUAUUAAGAUGAACCUUUGGAAGAUUAUCACAUGUAAGAUGACGGGAAAGGGUAUUAGUGAUGCCGUAUACUGGGACCCCAAACAGGAGACCGUCAUCCACCUAAUCCACAAAAAGACCGGCCAGGUCAGCACAGUGAAGUACCACACCAAAGCCAUGUCCACCUUCCACCAGAUCAAUGCCUUUGAGCAGGAUGGUUUCCUCAUGGUGGAUCUGUGUGCCUCAGAUGAUGGCGGGGCCAUCAACAACUACAACCUUCAGAACAUGCGCAAGUCAGGGGAGGCUUUAGAUCAGGUGUACAACGACAUGUGCAGAGUGUUCCCUCGUCGCUUUGUGCUGCCCCUCAACAUAACCAAUGACACACCUGUGGACCAAAACCUGAACACACGACCCAACAGCACAGCAACAGCCAUGAAAAUUACAAAUGACAAGGUGUUCUGUACCCAUGAGAAUCUCCAUGGCGAUGACCUUGAGGAGUUUGGUGGUUUAGAGUUUCCACAGAUAAACUACAACAGGUGUAACACCAAACCCUACCGCUACUUCUACGGGUGUGGCUUCAGACACCUGAUAGGGGAUUCCUUACUCAAGAUGGACUUGGAGGGCAAACACAUUAAGUCCUGGUACCAGCAGGGUCUGUUCCCCUCCGAGCCUGUCUUUGUUCCAACACCAGAGGGGACGGAGGAGGACGAUGGGGUCAUCCUCUCAGUAGUCAUCACCCCCACUGAGGAUAAAGGAACAUUUUUGCUGGUUCUGGAUGCUAAGACCUUCGAGGAGCUGGGCAGGGCUGAGGUACCGGUCAACAUCCCAUAUGGCUUCCAUGGGGCCUUCCACCCCACUGGCUAGACUAGCAAGUCUUCAGUCAACACAGCUACCACCUUCAUCAAGAGGGCCAUCAUCACUGGCCAAAGAUCCAACUCUUAUGACACUUACAUAAUUGUGCCUUCUAACCUCAAAUGUUACUUUAACAUACAUUACUAUUAACAUUGACAUUUUCAAUGUAAUCAGUUGGGAAUAGCUUUAUAUCCAAAGUGACUUACAAGGCAUAAAAAGAAAUGGUCAAGCAGGUUCUCCUGUCAACACAGCUACCACCUUCAUCAAGAGGGCCAUCAUCACUGGCCAAAGAUUCAACUCUUAUGAUACAUGUGCUGAUUCUAGCCUACACAUUAUCAUCGAGAAGGGGGCUCUCAGUAAGGAUUUCACAGGAAACCCUGAUCUAUGUAAUCAUUUCCAUGACACUUACAUAAUUGUGCCUUCUAACCUCAAAUGUUACUUUAACAAACAUUACUAUUGACUUUAAGCUUUAUAUCCAAAGUGACUUGGAAGUCAAGGAGAAAUCAAAGAGACCCAAGAGCCAUUUGUUACAGAAUUCUCAAGUUUUAGGUAGAUGAGAGGAGAGGACGAGAGAGAGGAAGCUCCUUUAAAGAAGCUUUAGGGAGCUUUUUUUUUAGUGGUUGGAGAGUGAAAAUGUGUCAAGAGUCUAGGCGUAGACUUAAUGCAAAGGACCUUUCAAAAGUAAAGGAAUUUGAAAUGUAAAACACAUACAUACAAGUUACAAACUUCUAUGUUAAAUUAUGCCUUUUUCAGGCAUCAGAUGGGUAUUAAAUCUUGUAUUAUAUGAUUUGCUUCUAAUGUAUAUGUAUACUAAUUGAAAUUGAAGUAAUUGUUCAUUUAAUUUGAAUGAAACAUUUAAUGACUGUUACUUUCUUUCCAGCACUUUGUAUUUAGUUUAAUAUGCCAUAAUACCUGACCAUGUUUUCUACUUUUUGUAUUUUGUACAAUUUUGUUACUAACUGUAUGAAUGACGUAUUAAUUACAUAAAUAGCAUUUCAAAACUUCA